AUGACAAUAUCGCUUUGCGGUUCCAACACGGCGGAGAUUCUCGGCUCCAACGGGGCUUUCGACAAGGGAUUUAUCAAAGAUGUUCAUGAAGACUCCCUCACAGUUGUUUUCGAGAACAACUGGCAACCGGAACGCCAGGUUCCAUUUAAUGAAGUUAGAUUACCACAACCACCUGAUAUAAAAAAAAAAAUUAGUGAAGGAGAUGAAGUACAGGUGUAUUCAAGAGCAAAUGAUCAAGAACCGUGCGGAUGGUGGUUGGCUAAACAUCGAAUGAUGAAAGGAGGAUUUUAUGGCAUUGAAUAUGCUGCUUGUGAUGCCACUUACAAUGAAAUGGUCCCAUUGGAAUGACUUCGGCCUGUCAAUCAAAAUAAAACUGUCCAAAGAAAUACCUUCUUUAAAUGCACAGUGGAUGUUCCUGAGGAUCUGAGAGAGACGUGCGCUAGUGAAAAUGCACAUAAAGAUUUUAAGAAAGCAGCAGGAGCAGGCAGAAUUUUUUACCAUCCAGAAACCACACAGCUAAUGAUAAUGUCUGCCAGUGAAGCAACCGUGAAGAGGGUAAACAUUCUGAGUGACAUGCGUUUGCGAAGUAUUCGUACGAAGUUGACGCUUAUGUCCAGAAAUGAAGAGGCCACUAAGCAUUUAGAAUGCACAAAACAACUUGCAGCAGCUUUUCAUGCGGAAUUUGUUGCGAGAGGACAUUGGAUGGGCCUGCCAACAGGAACACACGGCAGUAACAUACAGCAAGCUAGAAAGGUUCCUGGAGUUACAGCUAUUGAGCUAGAUGAAGAUACUGGAACAUUUAAAAUCUACAGGGAGAGUGCUGAUGCCGUAAAAAGGGCUAGAGGUGUUUUGGAAUUUGUGGAAGAUUUUAUUCAGGUUCCUAGGAAUCUUGUUGCAGCGUCAAGGAUCGAGUUGCUCCUUGAGCUUCACUGCGCUAACAUGAAGGUUGCUUUUAUGUGCUGCUGCUACGGCUGCUCAGAGAAGACAUACAUCCUGUGA